AUGUCUGAUCCGAGCGCUGAGUUGCAGGACACGCUCCGCAGGCUAUCCAUUGGCGAAAAAGGUCCGGUGCAGGACAUCUCACGACCUACGGUGAAGGGUCUUUCGUCGAACUCCACUACGUCCAACUCAAAGCCAAAGCCAACAAAGAAAGCUAAAGAGCCCGUUGCGGAUUCAUGGGAAGACGAGGCCGACCUUUCAGACGACGAGCCCCCUUCCGCUGCUUCACCAUCCAUCCUUUCUCCUACCUUGAGCACGGAAGGCCCACUCGAUCCCCCACCCACGCCUAUCUCGCAGCAAACUUCAGAGCCCUGGGGUCAUGUGAGGUUGGGCUCACCUAUUGCUGGUGGGCAGGGAGGUUCUAGUUCCGGUCCAGCUAGGCGCCCGGAGAAGCAGACUGCUGUCGCUGGUCGUCUUAUUGCGGGUGCAUUGGGUAUUCGGGCGCCGAAGCGUACGGAGGAGGAGCGGGCUUAUGAUCGGGCCAUGAAGGAGCAGGAGAUUAAGAGGCGGAAUCGUGAGCGUGAGGAACUGGCCAAGGCUAAGGAGAACGAGGAGAAGUUGAAGUCAUCUGUUUGGACAGACUAG